UUCUUAAAUGAAAAAUAUCAAUAUUUGUUACAGGUACAGAUCCCUAUAGAGGCAUCUUUAUCCAGCCAAGAUCCAUUGUCAAAAUGGGAGGAUCACCAAGCUUGCUGGCAGAUGCAGUAUCGAGGUUCACUGGGAGAAACAUUGCUGCAUGUACUUAUAAUUUGUGAUACAAAGAUACAUACGAGACUAGCAAGGACACUAUUAAAGUGUUUCCCUAAUCUUGCCAUAGACGUUGUGGAAGGAGAAGAAUAUUUAGGUGCUAGUGCCCUCCAUUUGGCUAUUGCAUAUUUCAACAAUGAAUUAGUUCAAGAUCUUGUUGAAGCUGGAGCGAAUGUAGAACAAAGGGCAAUAGGCAGUUUCUUCCUUCCAAGGGACCAGCAAGGGCAGAGACCAUCAAAGCACACAGAUUAUGAGGGCUUAGCCUACCUCGGGGAGUACCCAUUGGCCUGGGCAGCCUGCUGUGCUAAUGAGAGUAUAUACAAUUUACUUCUGGACAAUGGAGCUAAUCCUGAUCACAGGGACACAUUCGGAAACAUGAUUCUUCAUAUGGUUGUGGUCUGUGACAAACUUGAUAUGUUUGGAUAUGCUCUCAGGCAUCCCAAGAUGCCUGCUUCAAAUGGGAUAGCUAAUGUCGCAGGCUUAACACCUCUUACUCUAGCCUGCAAACUAGGGCGUGCGAAGGUCUUCCGAGAAAUGUUGGAAUUGAGCGCUAGAGAAUUCUGGAGAUACAGCAAUAUUACAUGCUCUGCUUAUCCAUUGAAUGCGCUUGAUACACUGCUCCCUGAUGGCAGAACAAACUGGAAUUCAGCUCUCUUCAUAAUUCUAAAUGGAACAAAAGAAGAGCACUUAGAUAUGUUAGACGGAGGUAUAAUUCAAAGGUUGCUAGAAGAAAAAUGGAAAACAUUUGCAAGGAGGCAGUUUUUAAAACGGCUAGUAAUCCUAAUGCUUCAUUUACUCUGCCUGAGUGGAGCAGUUUAUCUUCGCCCAACAGACAGAACUAAACCACUCUUAGGAGGAGAUGAUUGGAAAUCAGUAGCGAGGCAAGGUUUUGAAGUAGCAACUGUUUUAGGUGUUCUUUCGUAUGUUAUAGUACAGCAAGGAGGAGAAAUAAGGAACCAGGGAUUUAUAUCUUUCAUCAAACAACUGGACCCAGCUAAAGCCAUCUUCCUCGUAUCAAAUAUCUUGAUAUUAAUAUGUAUCCCAUUUCGAUUGAUGGAUGACAAAAGAACUGAGGAGGCAAUAUUAGUAUUUGCAGUGCCUGGAUCAUGGUUCUUACUCAUGUUUUUUGCAGGUGCAGUGAGAUUAACGGGACCAUUUGUAACAAUGGUAUAUAGUAUGAUAGUUGGAGAUAUGUUUACUUUUGGAAUAAUUUAUUCUAUUGUGCUCUUUGGAUUUUCCCAAUCAUUCUAUUUUCUGUACAAAGGAUUUCCAGGAGUUAAAAAUACUCUUUACAGCUCAUACCACAGCACAUGGAUGGCUUUAUUUCAGAUCACUCUCGGUGAUUAUAAUUAUGCUGAAUUGUCGCAUACUUCAUACCCGACAUUAAGUAAGACAGUGUUUGCUAUCUUCAUGAUUCUAGUCCCUAUACUUCUGCUUAACAUGUUAAUAGCUAUGAUGGGAAAUACUUAUGCCCAUGUGAUUGAACAAAGCGAGAAAGAAUGGAUGAAACAGUGGGCCAAAAUUGUGGUUUCACUGGAAAGAGCGGUAAACCAGGAAGAUUGCAAACAAUAUUUACAAGAAUACAGCAUAAAGCUAGGACCUGGAGAUGACCCAUCGACAGAACAGCGUGGAGUAAUGGUUAUAAAAAGUAAAAGUAAAACCAGAGCUAAACAAAGGAAAGGAGCUGUAGCUAAUUGGAAGAGAGUGGGCAAGGUAACAAUCAAUGAGCUUAGAAAACGAGGGAUGAACGGAGAACAAUUAAGAAGAAUAAUGUGGGAUAGAGCUUCAAUAUCAACACCAGUUAAAGUACCUCAAAACCCUGUAGUAGAUGUAUUAAUGGAAAACACGGCAGAACAACAAGCCCAACAAACUCCAGGAAGUUUUGGAGGAGCAUUAACUGCAGCACUUGAUGUAAUGGCUUUCACACAUGAUUUAGAUUUAUCAGCAUCUGGAAUCACUUCUUCCGGCUUAAAUGCAAAAGAACUUAUUGUUAGCGAUCCCUUCCGUGAUCUGGUGUUGAGCUCCGAAAUAGAUGUGGGAGAGGAAGAAUUGGCAACACUUGCGGAAGCUGCUGUUCUAUCGGUGAUGUCAGGCCAAUCUGAUGAAUCAGAAAAACUAAAAAUAGCUAAAUUUAAUAAGCAAAUCAGUUUUGAACAGAAUGCAGUUCUUGAAGUGAGUGACAGCGAUGGAUUCCUAGAUGGCCAGCCAUUGGGUCAAGGAUCACGAGCAAGAAAAGUUAAAUCAGCUCAAGAGAGGCAAAGAGCAGAGAGGACGUGGGGUGGAACAAGCAUAUCGUCAAUAGAGGAACCACCACCAUACCUCCCUUUACCUCCCCCACCACCACUGCAUUCCCAUCAACGACCAAGGCCCAAAACUGCGAAACCUAACAGAGUCGUCCCAGAAGCAGUGGUAGCAAAGCGUCCACAGAGCUCAGCUUUAGGGGACAGGGUUAAGUCCCCACCAGAACUCCUUGAACCAUGGAGCACAAGAGGCAUUGCAACCAUAAAUACAAUACUUGCUUGGCAACCUUCUGAUCAAGACAGCAUGUAGUAAUGAAGAUGGCUUCUCAAAUUAGAAUGUUAUUAAUAUGAGGUAAUCAAAUUUAUCAGUGAACAAAAGGAAUUUGUAAAUUUUAUAAUGUACUAAAUACUCCUGAUGUACUGAUCAAUACAAAAAAUAAAUCUUUAAAAAUUG